CUAAAUCAUAUCAGAGCUCGAUGUUCUUUCAUCAAUCUCCAUAUCAUUAUUCACCCCACAAUCACUUGGUGUCACAGCUAUAGCAUACUCACAGUAGAAACGACACUACUCACUGUCAUGUCGAAAAGACUCAGAGUCGCAGUCCUGGGUCCCAAAGGGCAAUGUGGAGCUUGCGUUGUGGAUGAACUGUUAUCCAGAGGCCACAGCGUGGUUGGAAUUUCCCGUUCGCCACCUAAGACAUGGCAGAAGCCUGGAGACUAUGGUGGAAUUCCAUGCAACUUCAGCGACAUCAAAGGCUUGAGCAAGAUUUUGUCUGACGGUAACUUUGAUGCAGUUGUCUCUGCAUUCGCUCCUCCCUUGACUGACCUGAAGGCCGUGUACGAGGUGGGCGUGGAAGGUCAUGGUAAUAUCAAGAUGGCCAUCCUUAGAUCGGAUUACCGCGGUCCUCUUGUUAUCAUUGGUGGCGCUGGGUCACUUUAUUACAAGAAUGGUAUCCAACUGUGUGAUGAUGAAAGCUUUGCAUUCAAGCACUGGUAUGCAUGGCCUGAUGUUCAUCUGGACUAUAUGUCUACGCGCAUGUAUGACCAUGGACAGCGAGGAUUCGCUACAUUCAUCCGUACGUUCAAAUGGGCGAGGGGAAAUCGCGAGAAUCCCGGCUGGUUCUCUUGGCUAUUUAGACCCUUUGCUAGCUUGUUCUUGCAGUUUUCCAGGAAGACUCUUACAGACUCGAGUGCGCUCGGGCUUAUCCUAUGCUCUCGUGCGGCGCUCACCAUGUGGGAAGGUGUACGAGAGACGAGUUGGAGCUUUCUAUCCCCUCCUUGGCAGCUGCGUGAUAAAGGAAUCAGAACUGGAAAGUAUGAGGUACACGUGGAUGAUACCAUGGGCUCUGCUGAGUAUGGAAUUGACAACGGAAUCUACAACGAAGAUAUGGCGGUAGCCAUUGUGGAUGAGGUUGAGAAUAACAAGUUGAACCACAAACAUUGGACAUGUACCGGACCCAUCGGAUUAAAGGAAUGGUAAGCGUUUUAUUGCUGCCAGUCCUGACAAAUGUAUCUCUUUGUU